GCCCCUUUUCAGUGCUGGGACUGCGAGUCCCGGUAAGCACCGCGCCGCGCAAGGCUUCCGGUCUGGCGUCUGACGUCUUCCCCGCCACUGAAUCGGAAGUUCUCGCCCGCAGUUGCGUGGAAAUGAGCACUGAUGGGCGGAGUGGGCUUCGGCCCGGCAAGGGGAACGCCGAAGGGGUGACGGCUGGAAAGGGGAAGACGGAUGGGGUGGCAGUGACUCCUCCUACUGCUGCUACCUCGGCCUCCUGCCAGUACAGGUGCAUCGAAUGCAACCAAGAGGCCAAGGAGUUGUACCGAGACUACAGCCACGGCGUGCUGAAGAUAACCAUCUGUAAAUCCUGCCAGAAACCUGUAGACAAAUAUAUCGAGUAUGAUCCUGUUAUCAUCUUGAUUAAUGCUAUUUUAUGCAGAGCCCAGGCCUACAGGCAUAUUCUUUUCAAUACCAAAAUAAAUAUGCACGGAAAACUCUGCGUGUUUUGUUUGCUUUGUGAAGCGUACCUGAGAUGGUGGCAGCUUCAAGAUUCGAGCCGGAGCAUUGAUCCUGACGACUUUAUCAGAUAUGCUAAAGAGUGGGAUUUCUAUAGAAUGUUUGCAAUUGCUUCUCUAGAACAAACUGCCUAUUUUACAGGCAUCUUUACUUUCCUGUGGGUAGAACGACCCAUAACAGCGAAAAAAACCCUCAACUUCGCUUUGCUGCUGAAAGCGUUGUUAUUAUCCAGCUACGGAAAACUCCUGCUCAUCCCAGCUGUCAUCUGGGAACAUGACUACACACCCCUGUGCCUCAGACUCAUUAAAGUAUUUGUCCUUACGUCAAAUUUUCAGGCAGUUAGAGUGACCCUAAACGUCAACCGCAAGCUCUCCUUUUUGGCCAUCUUGAGUGGCUUACUGGUGGAGAGCGCCAUGGUCUACUUCUUCCAGAGGAUGGCAUGGGCUGUUGGAAGUGAUGCCAUCCAUAAAUCUCAAGACUUUUGAAGAGGUACAGAGAGCAUCUCUCAGUGUUCAUGCACGCAGACACGUGUCCUCCUCAAAUUAGACAGAUGUCGCAGAAUACAUCACCCACCCCCCGGCACCCGGGUGCCUCGAGGUCACCUCCACCUCCCUCGGGGUCUUUUGUCAUCCACAGUGACAUCAAUAGCUAUGUUUUUGUUGCUUCUGGGGCCCUGUUCUCACAGUUCUGUAACACCUUCCCUCCAACGCACUCCUCCUAAGACCUCGGACUCUGAACGACAGCCGUCUCCCGCCCUUUCCAACCAUUCCACUCCCUCCCUCCCAUGAACCCUGCCUUUGCUGCCUUUUGUACCUCUCUUCCCUAAACCUCUCACUUUCCUCUACUUCUCACCUCCCUUGCCUCUCUCUUGACUGUGCCUGGAGCCUAGAGGCAGCUGUUGCCUCAUCCUCUGUUAGUCCCUGGAAACGAGUCAGCUUCCUACCCUUCUGCCAGCGCCCCCGUUAGAGCUCUUGGGGUGAGUCCACCAGCUGUUUCCUCUGUGAAGCCUGGCAGGCGGUCCCUGUGUCUGCACAGAGCACGGCCGGGUGGCUGCUCCUGUCUCGAGGGCACCUCUAGGGACCCAACACACACACACACACACAGCGGCCUUAGAGCAGUUGUUCUGAAGUCUUCCCGCGCUCCUUCCUUCCGCGUCUCCUGUCACUUUGCUGAGAAUUGAGACUUACCAACUCCUUGGGUGUCCCCCCUCCGUUCCGGAACUUGUUUGGCGUCUGCCUUCUUUCCUCCUCCCUCCAUCCCGCCUCGGAGCCCUGCUCAGCGUUCCACGCCCCGCACCCCGGGCGGAUUCCACCCUGCAGCUCUCCUCCCGCCUCUGCUCACCCUCAGGGGUCUGGACCACAGCUGCAGUCCGCCUUGAGGCAGGACGGGCGACUUGAAGGCGGGGCAGCUGGUGAGGGAAGCGUGGGGCAGGAGCGAGCAGCUGCGUCCGUCCCGUCCCGAAGACCUUCUCCGCCUCUCCCGGUACCUCGGCCUCCCCCCCACCCCGCCCCGCUCAGCUCAGCCUCGUCCUCUCCGCCCCCCAGGCAUCGCUCCCUCCAUCCUCUCUCGUCUGUGCCGGCUCCUCCCCUCUGCCAGCAGACACGUGCAGCUCUCGACUUGCGAGCAGCUGCCCUGAGCCUCUUUCUCCACUGCCUUCCCUCUUGGUGACACGUCCUUCCUCCCUAGUCUCCCGAGCCGCUGCUCCUGCGAUCAAAGGCAGCCGCCGCCGGCUGUCAGACUCCUCCCCGUCGCCGCCCUGCGCUGGAAGCGGCUGGCUUCUGAAACAGGCCGCCCGGGCCCCGUCUGUCACCGACUUCCCUGUCUGUGCCCGGCUUCCGUCCUCGGCCCUCCGCUUCUCCCUCCUGCCGUGCAGACGCCCGGCUUCCGCACGCCUUGGCCCAUCUCUCAGUGCAUGUUGCUUCCAGAUCUUUCCAGAUCUGACACCUCUAGCCCUCCGCCUCUGCCAGGUCACUCAUGCCCUUCCACUGCCUCCGAGGUACUGCCAGGACGGUGUGGCCAUUACCUCUAAAAUCGAACUCAGUACCCCACCCGCCCGUCCCCACGGAAACAACCUUCCUGAUGGCUUCUCAUCUUGUCACUCCGACCCCAGCCCAAGCCUCCUGGUCUCCUGCUUCACAGUUUACAACAGCCUCACCCACCUUCAGCCUCUCUUCACAGAGCACCGCUCCUGGUGUCUCUGAAUUUUUCAUCCUUUCCUACUGUGGACAGGAACUUCCUCUUCCUGAGGAACACCUUUUAGUGUUCUCUGAGCUCUAGUGCUAACUUCUCCUCUGCAGACAUGCUCCUGCCCACGUUCUCUACUGCACUCUCCCCCUCCCCAGAGAUGUCACACCCUCUCCAGGACCUGGAGGGGCCUCUUCUCCGCCUAACCAGGUCCAGUCACCUCUGCUUCUCCGUGGAACGAAGCCCUUCCCCACACUCCAGUCUGCCGUGCUCACUCCCUCCGUAGACCUCCCGGUGCCCAGCUCAGCACAGUCACACUGCCGGCGCUCCUGAGACCCUUCCGGUGCUGAACGCCUGUCCCCUCCUUCUGUUAGCGCUUCACUUGUCAGGCUACCCAUGACAGCUUCUGGUUAGGAGAAGAUCACCUGUCUUUAACGUCCCUUACGUUGUUUCAUGUUUUAUGCUCGUCUCCCCUAGUCCAGUUGGGUGCCGGGAGAGGCCAUGCCUGUGUUAACUGUGUCUCCCAUAGUACACGGCCUGCCCUAAUAAGUAUCUACUGAUUUGAUCUUCUGCAGAAUGUGCCAUUCUGAAUACUUCAUUUAUCAUCCACAGUGUCCUUUUUUUUUUACUCUCUGGGGCAUAACCAGCUGCAUCCGUAAAAUAGAAGGCGUAAAAUACAAA